GGGGUCAUGUCUCCCCACCCCACCGCCGUCCUGGGCCUAGUGCUCUGCCUGGCCCAGACGAUCCACACGCAGGAGGGGGCCCUGCCCAGACCCUCCAUCUCGGCUGAGCCAGGCACUGUGAUCCCCCCGGGGAACCCUGUGACCUUCCGCUGCCGGGGCCCAGUUGGGGUUCACACAUUCCGCCUGGAGAGGGAGAAUAGAUCCCAGUACAAAGAUAAUUAUGAUGUGUCUCUAGUUAGUCCAUUUUUGUCAGAGGCCACAUUCCGCAUUGACUCAGUGAGUGAAGACAGCGCUGGGGGUUAUCGCUGCAUCUAUCAUAAGGCCUCCAGAUGGUCUCAGCACAGUGAGACGCUGGAGCUGGUGGUGAAAGGGACUGUGCCAGACACGGAAGCCUCCGGGUUUGACUCACUGUGAAUGAGGAGAAAUGGCCUCCCGCCUUGUGAACCUCAAUGGGGAGAAAUAAUUGGAAUGAGCAAUAGAGAUACACAUAUGCCUUUACAUGCAUAUGCAAAUAAAAAUGUAUGAUUUGCAA